AUGAUCAAAGUGAAUGAAGUCAUAGAAAAGCUUAAAGGUUUGGUUAAGAGCAAGUCGCCCGUGCUGUCGAAACUGAACCUAUUCAUGUCGAAAGAUAAACCUCCUGCAAGCGCCUCGCCUGUCCCGAAGGGCCCUUCUAGACCCAUGAAGUACCCCUACACCUUUUCCGCCAAAAUAGCCCAGUUCCCCUACAAAUUCUACUUCCAGAACAACACGAUAUUCAGAUAUUAUUGCUAUGGGGUGAUCGCCGCCGUGCCUGUCUUUGUUUAUAUCAGUAGAUUGUCAAACUCCCCAGCUAAUAAAAAGAAAUGGGCCGAAAUACGAAGAAAGGAACAUGAAGAGCUUGCUCUUAGAUUUGAAUGA